AUGGGCCCCAGGGGCAGGCAGAGCCCCUCCUCUCCACUGGCCCCCUCCCAGGGGUCUUGCUUCCUCAUCCUCUUUUGCUUGCGCGUAGGUGCCUCCUGCCCACAGGCCUGUCAGUGCCCUGCCCAUGCUGGGGCUGUGGCUGUCCAUUGCAGCUCAAAAGGCCUGCAGGAGAUCCCCAGGGACAUCCCAGUGGACACGGUGCUUCUGAAGCUAGAUGCCAACAGAAUCUCCCGAGUCCCCAAUGGAGCCUUCCAGAACCUGCCGCAGCUGAGGGAGCUGGACCUGUCCCACAAUGCCAUCGAGGCCAUUGGGCCUGCAGCCUUCUCAGGGCUGGCCGGGGGCCUGCGGCUUCUGGAUUUAUCCCACAAUCGCAUCCGAAGAAUUCCCAAGGACGCCCUGGGCAAGCUGAGUGCCAAGAUCCGCCUGUCCCACAAUCCACUGCACUGUGAGUGUGCCCUGCAGGAGGCCCUGUGGGAGCUGAAACUGGACCCUGACUCCGUGGAUGAAAUUGCAUGCCACACCUCGGCACAGGAGCAGUUUGUGGGGAAGCCGCUGAUCCAAGUCUUGGACUCGGGUGCCAGCUUUUGCAGUACCCACCGGAAGACCACCGAUGUGGCCAUGCUGGUCACCAUGUUCUGCUGGUUCACUAUGGUGAUUGCCUAUGUCGUGUACUACGUGCGCCACAACCAGGAGGAUGCCAGGCGACACCUGGAGUACCUGAAGUCCCUGCCCAGUGCGCCGGUCUCCAAGGAGCCUCUCAGCCCUGUGCCCUAGCGUCUGCCUCCGGUGGGCCACUGAGCCUGGCUGCCAUGGUUACAGGCGGAGGUGAUGGUGCUCUUGUGUUCCCAGGGGGGUGCACUAUAGCUGCUUCUACAUAGCCCCCAAAGCACUUUCAUUGGCGUUUGGUCCCUGCAGCCACUGCCCACGCAGUAGGGGAUUUGCCCGUCUUAAUGGGUAGGUAAACUGAGGUUUGGAGAAAUGGAAUACCUUGCCAGGGCUGGAUUCAGCUGGCACCUAAGACCCAGGCUGUUUGUGGUGUAGGUCUGCGGCGACCCCUCUGACCUAUCUGCCACUGUUUUUCACUUGGUGCUGUGGGAAAGUGAAUACUCUAGCACACGGGAUGGGGCCCUGGUGGGGAGGAGGGCUGCAGCCUUGUCAGUCAGAGGCACCAGCAGCUUUGCCCCUGGGGAAUGGCUCACUCGGUUUACCCUUGCCCUCCCACGACAUCUGAACACAGAGAUGCUGCCCUUUCCCAGAGCAGAGCACUGGCAAUCUAGGCCUCUCUGGAGAGGUCAGUGCAAAGAACAGCCUGCACUGGCCUGCGUUGACCUUUGUUCCGGGAGCACUUGAGUUGCCCGGGUGCCAAAAUUUCAGUCGACCGAGGCGGGGAGAAAUGUGGAAACAUGAGAAAGGUCCAGCGUGGGUUCGCCAUGGCGGUGUCGGCUGCCAGACAACCUAAGGCCCUCUCCUGCUUCUGCCACUCCCAUCUGUGCCUGGCCAGCGGAAGCCUGUCAAUCACAGCGGCUCCUGUGCCUUUUCUACUGCCGAAAUCUAAAGCAGCUUUUUCCAAGGAGGAGGGACUGGUGUUUGAGGUUUCCAUGCCAAUCAACAGGACACUGCUUUCCUCCAGCAACAAGAACUCUUUUGACCUCGCUGAAAUCCCAGAGUUACUUCAUUGAUCCACUUUCUUACCACUAUCACUUCGCGUUCAGGGGUAGAUGUUACAGCCACCUACUUGACUAACUUCCAGUUUUAUUAUUACUGUCUUUUUGUAUAAGUGUUGUUAUCUUAAGCUAUGUUGAGUCCGUGGGAGAAGCAAAUGAGUGUAGAUUGUGUGGAUGUUGAGUGUCGGGUCUAGAAGCUUCUUCAAGCACAAAUCGACUGUGGUGGCUUCCGUUUGUGUUGCAAAUUCUCUUGUGAUCUGCAGGGACAAGGUGAGACUGUGUCUGGGGCCUGGCCUGGUUUUAACAUCACUGUGGCCCACAGUUGUCACCACGAGACAUGGUACCUGAGGCCAAAUGACUGUCAGCUGUAGAAGUAUGUGAAAAAGAAACACUCGUGAAUUCCAGACUCGCCCCACUGCGGAGUGCUCACUUGGUGGUCCAGGGGCCACCACGCCCAGCAUGUGCACCAUGAGUGGAGUGCUAAUCUGGAGGCUUGGAUGAGCUCAGAUCCUGCCCACCCCUUGGCCAAGAUUCCUUCACUGCACUGGGCCAAGCUACACUGUCUGCAGGGCUGCAGGGGUCAGGCUCUGGCAGGGCCUAGUAACACCAUUCCCAUUCCCGUGAGAAUUGGAACUGUGAGGUAGCCUCCUCAGGGACACCAUGCACUAGUGGGACUUCUGACUGGCCCGCACGGCAUGGACAUGGCCAACACAUGGUGUCCAGUUAAGUGUUCGGUGGAGGCACAGGUGCUGAGGGCUGAGUGGUCUUCACCUGUUUCAAGGUGAAGAGGCUGAGACACCAGAGCUGAGGGCUCGGAUGAGAGACUGGGUGCUGCUAUCCCGAUGCUGUGGCGGUGCUGAGGUGACUGCAUCUGCUCCAUGAACAGGGACAGCUCCAACCUGGCGCCUGCUCUGGGAGGAGCUGGUGCAGAGGAUAUGGCUCAUUGUGUGGUGUGAUGUGUGAUGUGUGUGCUUCUGGGCUGGUGUCACCACAUAGGUGGUAGCUGGGCCCCGGCAGCCCUUGCACCACCCUUCAUAGUAGGGAGGCCCUGUGUCAGGAGCCUGCCGCUGUCCCUCAGGUCUGUUCCAUUGACAUAACCAGGUCAGGAGAGAGAAUGGAUGGAGGCUGGGUGGUGAGGUCAGUACCCUAGGGCUCCUCUGUUGCUCUUGUCCCAGAAUCAGCCAGUGGACCCUUUGGAAUCGCAGGGGUAGGAUUCCUUCCCAGGCUGUUCAGCUCACUGCCAGGCUUGCUGCCCUUAGCCUAGGGCUUGGCCCUACCUGGCUGUGCAUUGACGGGGCUCCUGCACAGUCCCUGCUGGAGAGAGAGGCAUGGGACAGUCUGUGUGGAGAGAGCACGCCCCCUCCUCCUGUGAGGACACCAGAGACCCCUGCACUCUCCUGCUCAUCCAGGCUUCCAACCCUGCUUCUCUGGAGUCCCAUCUCCCUGCUAUGCCAUUCCCUGUGUUUGCUCUCCCCUUCCACGACCAGCAUGAGGCUGGACUCCCUUGAUGGAGACUGGCGGGGGAGGGUGCAUUGAGAUGCUCUUUCUCCCUGGAUCCUCACCAUCCUUCUGUCCCUGAAUGAGAAGUUCUUCCUCCCCAACCCUGCACAGACCCUCUGGAUCCCAGACACCCUGGGUCAGCCACUCCCCAGACUCUGGCUGGCAAGUGGGACCUUGCCACACAGAGGUGCCCAAAUACUUCUCAGAUACAGCAGGCAGUUUGUGCCACAGGGCUCAGUGUCAUCCCCCACCCCAUCAGUAUAAACUCACCACCCUAGGUCCCAGCCACCGGCCCCUCUGGGAAUUUCCCUCCCACUAGGCACAUGUGGUUUCCUAAGACAAGGUCCUAAGCUGAGUUCCUUGGGUGGGGUCAGAGGUGGGGUUGGUAAGUUGUAGACCGAGGUGGAAUGUUCUGGACCCGUGGAAGCUCUCAGCCAGGCAGAAACCUAGGAUGGCUGGCUGCUGAGUUGCCUUUCCUGGAAGCUCAGCUCUGAACCUGAUCUGUCCCCUUCUCAGCCUUUUUCUGUGAACCCCAAAUAAAGCUCUCUGUGCCCAAAGCCA